GCCUAAUCCCAUACCUAACAAAGCUCUUGGUUGCUUCCUUCAACAUUCAACACCUUCAACUCCCAUCUUCAACUUCUACAAGAUAUACCUCUCAAUCCGUCCAAGUCCCAAACCGUCUCCCAAUCCAAUCUCCCUUCUCCACAAUAUGAACCACCUUCCGCAAGCAUGGGGUCGGCCACGAGACGAUGUCUACGGCGCAUACAAUGCCUCAUUUCUCCCUCAAGACGGCCCGAAGCAACACACGCAGUCGCCAAUAGUAACCGGCACAUCCGUGGUGGCUAUGAAGUUUAAGGACGGAGUGGUGGUUGCCGCCGAUAAUCUAGCUUCAUAUGGAUCCCUUGCUCGGUUCACGGAUGUCAAGCGUCUCAGACAAUUCAACACACGCGCGGUGCUUGGCUUCGGCGGCGAUGUUUCCGACAUGCAGCAUCUCGACCGUUUGCUUACCUCCCUGUCAUUACGCGAGAACUAUGCCGACCCAGGGUCCUCGGGAGACGAGACCGACACGGCGUCCUUGGACGCGAAGAACCUACACACCUACCUCUCUAAGGUCAUGUACAAGCGACGAACCGACUUCAACCCGCUCUGGAACCAUAUCUUGGUCGCCGGUCUGGAUGAUGCGGACAAACCCUUCCUGGCAAGCGUAGAUCUCCUAGGAACCACUUUCUCUGCCCCAUCGCUCGCAACAGGGUUUGGUGCGCAUCUCGCGGUCCCGAUCUUACGAAGGGUUGCCCCAGACGAAGCCGCGGCCGAGACGCUCUCCAUGGACGACGCGGUGAACGCCGUCAAGGAGGCGAUGAAAGUGCUGUUCUAUAGGGACGCAAGGAGCUUAGACAAGUACUCCAUUGCUGUCAUACGCAAAGAUGGCGUGCAGCUAAAGGAGGAUGAGAAGCUCGAGGGUCAAAGUUGGGCGUUUGCGGAGACGAUCCGCGGCUAUGGGACGCAAAUUCAUUGACUGGUUUACAGCGUUCGUUGCCGAGUGCGGAGUAUGGGUUCUGCCUGGUGGGAAUGUCUCAAGUGUAACAAUCGUAUCUGAUUAAUUCGUCUUCAAAAGGUUUGGCAAUGCAUGAUGCAUUCGCUAGACAAUUGCAUCCCAAGCAGGUGUGCGGCUCAGUAAGUAGUGUCAUAAAGUGCCUGUUCAAUAAUAUCUCCGCA